AUGCUUAAUUUUGGCGACGUGGUUAAGGUUGUGCAUAAGGGUUUCCCGUUUUGGAAUAGUAUUAUUUUGCAAAGGGAAAGCAAAUUUAACGAAUCCAGCCUUACCGGAAAGUUAAAAUUUGUCCUUAAGGCUUUUGGCGAUCCCGUUUAUUCGGGUACGGUUAAUAAAAGCAGCCCCUUUUUAAUACGAACCAUUAGCAUUUCCGGGAAGUUAAUGCUAAACCAAAUUAUUAAAGCGGUACGAAAGGGCCAAGCGUGUUAUGCGCUAAUUAAACGGGUAGCCGAUACCUUUACUAGCCAUUUCGUUUUUAUCGUAAUUUGUAUCGUUAUUGCAACUUUCGGCAUUUCCAAGGUUCUACCCGAAAAAUACCUCAAUGUUGCAAUUAGCGGUUGGCCGUUUUGGUCCUUGCAAUUUGCUAUCGCCGUUUUUAUUAUUGCUUGUUUUUGUGGCAUUGGCUUUGCCGCUUUAACGGCUUUUUUCGUUGGCGGGGGUUUGGCGGCGAAACAAAGGAUUUUCGUUAAAAGCGGAAAAAAAUCG